UUCUCCAACUGCCACUGGAUUCACCUCAGAAGUAGCUGAAGCAUCAUCUCUCUGUUUCCAUAACCCGUGGCAGAUUGUCAUCAGACUUCUUGUGCUUAUCAUCAAAACUCCGCUCUACUUCUCUAAUGGGAGCAGAGCACUAUUCUCCUCCUUGGUUCAGUGUUGCUCCCAUGAUGAAAUGGACUGAUAACCAUUACAGAACUUUGGCCCGUCUCAUCUCAAGGAAGACGUGGCUCUACCCAGAAAUGCUUGCUGACGAAACAAUUGUCUACCAGUGUGGCAAUUUGGAAAGUUUGUUGCUGAAGCCAUGUGCGUAAUUGCUGCAAAUACAAAUGUUCCCGUGAGUGUCAAAUGCAGAAUCGGACUUGAUGACCAUGAUUCAUACUAUGAACUAUGUAAGUCGAAAGAUCUGCUUCUGCCCAGAUGGGUUCCCAAAGGAUAAAAAUGGGUUCUUGGGAGAUGUGACUAGGCUUGAGGAGUUUCUCAAGGAUCCAUGGGGUCUUAAGGCCAAACAACCUGCCACAUGUCAGGUUAAGGUGCCCAAGCUCAUCGUUGCGUCGCCCCCACGAGUGCCUGUAGGUAAUGGGGAUGGUGAGGAGGCAGCUUCUACUGCUUCAGCUCAGACUAAGCGUGUUGCUUUGCAGAAGAAAGCUGCUGCUGCUGCAUCUAAUGUGGGUGAGGAUUUCGCUGGAGGGUUUCAGUCUGGAGAUGUGGAGGGCUCCAUGAAAGAUGUUGGUGGAGAAGAACAAGGUCUAUCAAAUGUCAAAGUGUUGUGUAGGCUAUGCUUUUCCAGUGAAACUGAAGGAGGUGAAAGAGCAAGGAAGAUGAUGUCAUGCAAUUGUUGUGGGAAGAAGUAUCACCUAAGCUGCCUGAAAACUUGGGGUCAACAUAGAGAUCUCUUCCAUUGGAGUUCAUGGACAUGUCCCUCUUGCCGGGUUUGUGAGGGCUGUCAAACAACUGGAGAUCCAAACAAGUUCAUGUAUUGCAAAAGGUGUGAUGCAGCUUAUCACUGUUACUGUAUGCAGCCUCCACUCAAGAAAGUUAGUAGUGGGCCUUAUUUGUGCCCCAAACACACAAAGUGUCACAGCUGUUGUUCUAAUGUUCCAGGAAAUGGACUGAGCGUGAGGUGGUAUUUAGGAUACACUUGUUGUGAUGCUUGUGGAAGAUUAUUUGUGAAGGGAAACUACUGUCAAGUUUGUUUGAAGGUUUAUAGAGAUUCUGAAACAACACCUAUGGUUUGCUGUGACAUUUGCGAGCGCUGGGUGCACAGCCAAUGUGAUGGCAUCAGUGAUGAAAAAUAUUUGCAGUUUCAAGUGGAUGAUUUGCCGUAUUCAUGUCCAACAUGCCGCGGAUAUAGUUAUAAGUCGAUAAAUCUUACAAAUGCUGUUCAGGAGCUUUGGAAGAGGAGAGAUGUAGCUGAUAGGGAUUUAAUUGCAAGUUUGAGGGCAGGAGCUGGGUUGCCUGUUGAUGAUGAAAUAUUUUCUAUUUCACCCUUUUCAGAGGAUGAAAAUAGUGCUCCUCUAGUAAAAAAUCAACAUAAACAAUCCUUAAAGUUUUCUCUUAAAGGUUUAGUUGACAAAUCUCCCCAAAAGAGCAAGGAAUGUGGAAAAGCUUCUGGUAAGGAGAAGGGGUUAGCUGGACAAAAUGAAGGACAUCCUGAUGCUCCAUCUGGUGGAUAUAGUGCUGGUGAUGUCAAGAAUGAUGAAUUGCAGGCUUAUGGGGAACUGAAUAGCUUUUCUUCUCCUGUUGGUAGCUUAACAGAAGGUAUAUGUUCAUUUAAUGAGGCAGGGGUCAUAAAGCACAAAUUUAUAGAUGAGGUUACUGGAAACAUGGAUAAGAGGACAGUCCAAAGGAAUGGUAGCAAGCCUCAGCAUUUGGAUGGGGAUGAUGUUGGGAUUCAAACAAGCAUGCCAAAGACCUCCAAGGGGCCAAAUGGUAAUGAGGAUUGGGUUCAGCUGAGAGAGAAUGAAAACUCAGAAAGGAAUGACACUGCAGCUAAACUUGGUGGUGGAGCAGAAAGCAACUUAAUAAAGAUCAAGAAAGUUAGCUCAGAAGCUACUCAUUUCCCUGCCAAAGUUGGUGGAAGAUUUGCCGAUGGAUCUGGACCUUAUUCUCCACUCAAGACUUCUGGUUAUGAGGAUCUGGUUCAGCUGAGAGAGAAUGAAAACUCAGAAAGGAAUGAGACUGCAGCUAUACUUGGUGGUGGAAAAGGUUAUGAGGAUCUGGUUCAGCUGAGAGAGAAUGAAAACUCAGAAAGGAAUGAGACUGCAGCUAUACUUGGUGGUGGAAAAGGUUAUGAGGAUCUGGUUCAGUUGAGAGAGAAUGAAAACUCAGAAAGGAAUGAGACUGCAGCUAUACUUGGUGGUGGAAAAGAAAGUAACUUAAUAAAGAUCAAGAAAGUUAGCUCAGAAGCUACUCAUUUCCCUGCCAAAGUUGGUGGAAAAUUUGCCGAUGGAUCUGUACCUUAUCCUCCACUUAAGACUUCUGGUUAUGAGGAUCUGGUUCAGCUGAGAGAGAAAGAAAACUCAGAAAGGAAUGAGACUGCAGCUACACUUGGUGGUGGAAAAGAAAGUACCGUAAUAAAGAUCAAGAAAGUUAGCGCAGAAGCUACUCAUUUCCCUGCCAAAGUUGGUGGAAAAUUUGCCGCUGGAUCUGGACCUUAUCCUCCACUCAAGACUUCUGGUAAUGAGGAUCUGGUUCAGCUGAGAGAGAAUGAAAACUCAGAAAGGAAUGAGACUGCAGCUACACUUGGUGGUGGAAAAGAAAGUAACUUAAUAAAGAUCAAGAAAGUUAGCUCAGAAGCUACUUAUUUCCCUGCCAAAGUUGGUGGAAAAUUUGCUGAUGGAUCUGGACCUUAUCCUCCACUCAAGACUUCUGGUAUUUUAGGAAAAAGAAGCAAUGAUAGUAGUGUUAUUACAAAGGCUGGAUCUGAAGUUCCUGCUACAAGGGACAACAAAUUAGCUUCUGUUAAACAUGUCAAAGCUUGGCUCGCUUCCUGUGAUGACCUGAAUGAAGAAAAAAAUGGCUCACCUUCAUUGUCUAAUUUACCGAGAAUGGAUCCAAGACCUCUCCAAAGGCCCAAGUUCAAGAAUCCUUACCAUGAAAGUCAAAAUGCCUUGGCUUCUCCAGGAGAGGAGGAGAAAAGCAUGGAUAAGGGCCACGAGUCUAAAAGAAUGAGAUCGCCAGCUUUUGAAGAAAAAGCAUCGACCAGGUCUGAUGAUAAUUCAUCACAGCGAUAUGAAGACAUUGAUGACUUCUUGGCUGAUAAAUGGAUAUUGCAGAAGUUGGGACAAAAUGCAAUAGGAAAGAGAGUGGAAUUUCAUCAUCUGUUUGAUAAUACCUGGCAUAGAGGGACUGUCGUAGAAGUCUCUGAAGGCUCAUCUGUUGUGUCUGUUGCUCUUGAUGAUGGGAACACGACGAGCUUGGAACUUGGAAAGCAAGGAAUUCGUUUAAUAUCUUCGAAGCAAAACUGUUGACUGCUAUUAAAAUUGGUUAUUAGAUGCAGCGUAUGUUGCGACUUUUGAUGCCAAGAGCAUGAGCAGCUGCUGAUUCCCAGAGUUGUUCCUCUUUGGUUGACUCAAAGGAAGUAACUGAUCGUUGCAGGU